GCAACAACCAUUUCAUCCUAGUAGCACCGACGACCGACCAAGCUCGCUCCGGUUAGCCAGGCAGCAGGCCAGCAGCGCUCGCUCGGUGUGGCACUUGUGAGGCAUGGCCGGCGACAGGAAGGCGCUGGCGCUCACGUUGCUCAUCGUCGUCGUCGCCGUGGCCGUCGUGGGGGCGCGCGCGGUGUGCGACAUGGAGAACGACGACUUCAUGGCGUGCCAGCCGGCGGCGGCGGCGACGACGGACCCGCAGCCGGCGCCGUCGGAGGCGUGCUGCGCGACGCUGGGGAAGGCGGACCUCCGGUGCCUCUGCUCCUACAAGAACUCCCCCUGGCUCAGCCUCUACAACAUCGACCCCAAGCGCGCCAUGGAGCUGCCGGCCAAGUGCGGACUCACCACGCCGCCCGACUGCUAGAUCCAGUUCCAUGGAAUGCCUCUAGCCUCUAGCCUGGAGCUGGAGGUAUAAUGUACUACUGAUCCGUGUGUAACAUUGCUGGUGGACAUUGAAGGGAAGGCUACUUCUUCUUCAAAUGUGUGCACUAUACUAUUACUAUACAUGUGUGUGGUUUUUGUA